AUGACGGCGCCGCCCAACUCCGGCAUCACCAAACCGCCGCUACCGCACAUCGACGAAUUAUUCGCAUGCAGCAGCUACGCCGAGACCCGACCGCUGGAGCUCCGCCACGGGGCGCGCCGCCCGCCAGCACCCGCCGAGCCAGUGCACGCAGCUAGCCCGACGGCGGCCACCGCGGGUUACUACACCCACUCGCGGCCGUCCGACCUGAGCCGGUACCGACUGUCCCCGCGGGACAAGCCAAGCGGAGAACACUGGCACCACGUCCCGCGGCAGUACGUGCCUGCCGGCCCGGCCGAGAAUCGCCCCACGCCGCCGCUACCGCCGCCGCUGUCCAUCCUGCCUCCCGCCGCACCUGCGCCCCCGUCUCCCGCCCAGCUAUGGCCCGGCGCCUCGGCCCACAAACAUGGAGGAGGAUACCGGCAGGACGAGCCGCGCCGGCGCAGCCACGGGGGUCCCACCCCGAGCCCCAGCCCCAGUCCCGGGCAUGGCCCCGGGUACACUCAGGCAGGGUACAGCCCGCGAGAGUAUCACGAGCGAGACUACCGCGGCGGGGGCCACAGCGACGGGUACUAUCGCGGGGCGGCGCCCUUUGGAGGCGGAGGCGGAGGCUACAGAGCAGGAGAAACAGGGGACUAUUUCAGCGCCGGCGCGCACGGCCCGAGCGGCUACGGACAGAACGGGUACACGCCAGCACCGGCCUCGACUCCCGGCGCAGCAGCCGGCGGGGGACAGCUCGGGAAGGCGGCGGCGGGUCGCGAUGCGACACCACCCAGGCUGGGGAAGAAAAAGCGGCCGAACCUGCCGAAGGAAGCGGUCGAGGUGAUGAUGGCGUGGGUCGACAGCCACAUCGAAUGUCCAUUUGAGCGCCAGGAUCGGCCGGACCUGGUGCAGCGGACGAAGCUGGAGGAGAAGCGAGUGACUGACUGGUUCACCAACUUCCGCCGCCGCAAGUGGCGCCACUACCGCGUCGAGGUCUACGACCGCCAAGUCGCGCACUGGAAGGCCGCCGGCCGCGCAGCGCAGGAGGAGGCAGAUCGUUCGAUGGCGGCCGCAGCCGACGCCGCUCGCGACCCUGCCGAGGCCGAAGCAGCGCGCCGCGCCGCCGAGGCAGCCAUCCGUCGCGUCGCCGAAGCCGAGUCCGCCCGCUGCGCUGCCGAGGCGAGCCGGCACCGCGCGAGGGUGGAGCUGGAGAAGUGGCAGGUGGAGCAGAGAACGAAGCGGGCGGAGAAGUCGGCCAAGAAGCGGGCUGGCUUGUUGGUCGAUGAGGAGGACGAUGAGGAGUCCGAGGAGGAUUAA